CAAUACAACUCCCCUCAUUUUCUCUCAUUCUUUAUUCUUGAUUUUUAUGAAUCCUUCCUUUACUCAAAUGUCGGUUUUAGUCACCUCUUUUCCACAAAUUCCAACCACUACACGACAAACUUCAGCGAAGCGAAACAAAAACCAGUUAGGUGAAGAUGUCCGUUAUACAGAUGAGACUAUAGCUUUGAAGAGCUCAGAACCAGCAUCUUGUUACAGUGAUCAUGAUGAGGGGGUGAACUCAGAUUCUUCUGUUAGUGCUGAUGAUGAUGAUAUUCUAGACAACUUUGAUGGCUUGGAAUCUGUUGAGGAGACGGUUACCAAAUAUAACGGGGCUUUGUGUGGGGAAGAAGCACUGCCUGGUGCAAUUGGGUCUGGUUUUAUUCACAGACGGGACAUGUUUUCUACUGAUGAAGUUGGGCACGACAUGAUUGGAAAUGCAAAUGUAGGAGCAGAAUUAAUGAAUUCUGAAGCAGCACAAGGUGACUCUUUUCCUGAGGUUGAUCCAAUACCUAUUCCAGGACCACCAGGAUCAUUUCUUCCCAGUCCCAGGGCUAUGAAUUCAGAUGACUUUCAAGGGAACUCCUCGUUGACCACAAGUCCUGCUCAGUCAUCUCAAGAUCUGCUUGAUUUGGUAGAUGGGGAUUCUUCAGAUUCUCCCAUAUCUGCAGCAUCAACCAUCUCCAAUCCCAUAGCCACUAAAUCUGAUUUGAGGUAUUCAGAAUCAUUGACAUCAGCUGGUGCUGCUCCAGUAGAAGAAAAGAUUGUCUCAGGUUUCUCUAGUACUAACACCAAGUCUUACAUGGAAAAUGCCUUUAUGAAUGAUGAUCAGCCAUGCUGUUGCCAGAGAAAAGAAAUAUCUUCUCAGGGUAUUGCUCUAAAUUUUCAGCAAUCAACACUACUAAAGCGACCAACGAUGGCUUCAGUGACAAUGCCUGCUAUGGAAAUGAAAAUGGGUACAAGUCCAAACAUCAGACCUAAUAAUUUGGAUGUGAGGCCGGGGGCAUUUUCUCUGAGCAGCUCGUCAAGUUCAGUACCUCAGAAGGUUGUUCUACUAGCAAUGAAACCUCUGGCAAGUCCCACUCCUUCAAAGGGAUGUAUGGAUGCUGGAGUGAAGUAUUCAGGUCAAGUUGAUUGUGAGUCUGCCAGUCCAUCUUGUUCCACUCCCGUUCUCAGGUUGAUGGGGAAGAACUUAAUGCUGAAAAACAGCUUGAGGGGAAGCCGGGUAAUGUUACCUGGUGUCUCAAUUGCAAUUGCAAUUGCAACCAAUGAUGGUAGAUCGAGAAGCAUAAGGAUUCACGCGCUAGUGCUCAAGCCAUGUAGCCGCAGUCUAAGAAGUCUACAUUCCUUGACGAACCACAAGGAGGGUCAAAUACCAGCUUCAGUUCAGUCCCGCCCGGGCAAGCCAAUACAGGUGCAGAUAUGUGGGGUUGCACUACUUCAGAACGUUCUGGUGAGCUGCAUGUGUGGCUGCAUUGCCCUCAACAGGUCAUCUUAAACCGUCACUGUAUUAUUCCCCAAGUCUAUCUUAGGAUGGUCUGUGCAUGAUGAUGAGAUUUUUGUAUCAAAUACGUAAUGAACCUUGAGCUUUUCCUUGACAAAAGUCCUGAUGGCCAGACACCAUCAACAGCAAAAACAAUAGCUACACAGGCAAUGCAACUUCAGCAGCUGAGAGAGCUGUUUAUUUCUUCCUCCUUUGGAUUCAAUGUAGUAAUGAAAUAUGGAAAUCAAG